CUCCCCCAACAGAACUGUAAUGUACUUUUCAAGGUGGGCCGCUCAGUCCGCCAGGCCCAGGUAACCAAGAGUUCGCGCCUAUCAAUCUGGCGACCCAAGCCCAUUUUGUCACGGUUACCUUAUCUGUGAGCUUGUCUGCUAUCGGCUUCCGGGUUUUAGCUGGGGUUUUGCCAAUUCCAGGUUCAUCUACUGCGAUUAGGGCUAGUUCAGAUAUUUGAUGCCACUGAAAUGGCUCUGCAACAUACCAUGUAUCUCUUCUCCUCAUCACCAAAGAACAAUUAUUCAUUGAUUACAUGUCAAGGGCAUCCAUUCAGUGCAGUCAGAACCAAGAAAAUAGAAGGUUCCAGAUUGCGUGUCUCUAGUUCAGGUGACAAAAGCGACCCCUAUUUGCUGGAUUCUGAUGAGAGACGCGAAUGGAGAGACAAGAUUAGACGAGUGUUGGAUAAGAACCCGGAUGUGGAGGAGGAAUCAGACCCUACUGAGAGGACCAGGAAAGUGCAGGACCUUCUGGCUAACUAUCCUCUUGUUGUGGAUGAGGAUGAUCCUGAAUGGCCUGAUGAUGCUGACGGCCGCGAUUUCAAGUUGGAUCAACUCUUUGACAAGAUUACUAUUAAGAACACUCCCAGGAAGAAUGAGAAUGAUGAUGAUGACUAUAGCGAUAAUCAACUAGUGUGGCAAGAUGAUAAUUACAUUCGUCCCAUCAAAGAUUGAACAACUUCAGAAUGGGAAGAGACCGUGUUCAAGGACAUUAGCCCUCUGGUCAUUCUUGUACAUAAUCGCUAUAAAAGACCAAAAGAAAAUGAAAUAAUUCGGAGUGAACUGGAGAAUGCUGUACAAAUUAUAUGGAAUUGCAGGCUGCCUUCACCAAGAUGUGUUGCAAUUGAUGCUGUUACUGAGCCUGACUUGGUGUCUGCUCUCCAAGUGUCUGUCUACCCUGAGAUAAUCUUCACAAACGCUGGCAAGAUAUUGUAUCGUGAGAAAGCAAUACGAAGUGGAGAUGAGCUCUCAAAAGUAAUGGCCUUCUUUUACUAUGGAGCAGCCAAACCGCCUUGUUUGAAUGGAAUUCGAGUUGGGCAGGAAGAAGUUACAUCAACUCCUCCUAUCAAUGCCCAACCGUGAUGUUAGAAUGACGAUGUCUUGCUGAUAAAAAAACGAAACGUAACAAAGUCAAGUAGGAUAAAGCGGUACCUGUGAUAUCCAGAAGCUGAACCAGAAGUUGAUUUCCAGCCAAAAUAAGCAUUGUACUUUGUUGACUGGCCACCUUUGAUAUCUGGCACUGAAUAAACUCCUUUGUCAUGCAAAU